ACCAAAACGUUAAGCAACACAAACAGAAACUUCCUCUAACUAAGCAAAGCAAUUUCCUUUCAUUCUCAGUUGCCCAAAACACGUUCUCCCCACUCUUCUUCAAUUUUCCUCACUCCAAAUUCAACACACAAAAUCCCCAAACCCUACUUUCACCACCACCACCACUCACCGCCGCAGCCACCAUGGUCCCACCGGCGGUGCAAUCGCCGAACCCACAACUAACCCAGCAGUUCCUAAGCUCUGUCCUCUCGCAGCGUGGCCCCGCCGCCCUGCCUUACUCCGAAGACACAAAGUGGCUGAUCCGGCAGCACCUCGUCGCCGUCACCACCACGUACCCCUCCCUUGAGCCUAAAACCGCCACCUUCACACACAACGACGGCCGCUCCGUCAAUCUCCUCCAAGCCGACGGCACAAUCCCGAUGUCGUUUCAGGGCGUCACUUACAACAUCCCCGUUCUCAUCUGGCUCAUGGAAUCUUACCCUCGCCACGCGCCCUGCGUCUACGUUAACCCCACGCGCGACAUGAUCAUCAAGCGCCCCCACCCUCACGUUAAUCCCUCUGGCCUCGUCUCCGUCCCUUAUUUGCAGAAUUGGGUUUACCCUAGCUCCAAUCUGGUCGAUCUCGUUCGCGAUUUGGGUGUUAUCUUUGGCCGCGAUCCUCCUCUUUAUUCCCAGCGUAGGAACCCUCAACCUCCGCCACCUCAAAGCCUAAAUCCCAAUUCAAAUUUCGGAUCUUUAUCGAGUAAUUCGGGGAAUUCCCAAUCUGGUUAUGUCCAGCAUCAUCAGCAUCACCAGCACCCUGCUCCUGCUUCUCCUGCGAGGAAUAAUUAUCCUCCAUCACCUUAUGGAAGCUUUGGUGGUGGUUCUUCUAGGGUUCAGAAUUUGCCCCACACUGAGGAUCCAACUGAGGUUUUUAAGAGGAAUGCGGUUAAUAAGAUUGUGGAGAUGGUUCAUGGUGAUGUUACUGCUUUGAGGAAGACCAGGGAGGCUGAGAUGGAGGGUUUGUUUAGCUUGCAGGGUGUGUUGAAGCAGAGGGAGGAGGUUCUCAAUAAGGGUUUGAAGGAAAUGCAGGAGGAGAUGGAGGGUUUGGAGCAGCAGUUGCAGAUGGUUUUGAUGAACACUGAUGUUCUUGAAGGGUGGUUGAGGGAUAACCAAGGGAUGAGGUUGGGUAGUUUGGAGAAUGCCGAGGAUGCUUUUGAUUGUGUGGAUGUGUUAUCUAAGCAGAUGCUAGAUUGCACUGCUUCGGAUUUGGCUAUUGAGGACACACUCUAUGCAUUGGAUAAGGCUGUUCAGGUUGGUUCCGUGCCUUUCGAUCAGUACUUGAGGAGCGUGAGGGCGCUGUCGAGAGAGCAGUUCUUUCACCGGGCGACAGCCGCAAAAGUUAGAGCUGCUCAGUUGCAGGCUCAGGUUGCUAAUAUGGCUGUUAGGACACACCAUUAUGGCAGUUGAUAGUUUUGGUUGGUUGUGCACAAGAUGGUUCUUCGUUUGGCGAAAUCCUUCUCCAUAUUGUGUUGUGCACUUGUGCUGGAUACAGAUUCCUAUUUGUUGAAGUCAGUGAUUGUAGCCUUUAGCAUAAAUUGGUAAGCCUUAGCCUUCAACAGCUUUCGGAUUAUUAUUGAGCACAAAACUUGUUUGGGGAAUGAGGCUGUAUCGAUGAUCAUUAUACAGGCUUAAUGAUAUGAUUUCCUUCGAAGACUUGGUUUAAGAGGUUUUUAGAGCUAGAAAUAUACAUGCUUAGUUUACUUCUUAUUUAUUUGUCUCACUUUUGUAUUUUGGAAUGGGUAUAUUAUGAUUCAUAUAAUUUUUUGCCUUCAUACA